CAGACAUAAUGUAAACAAUUCAAGAAACACACGAUAGGCUCGUGAUCGAAAGGCACUGGCAGGGUGACGUGAGAUAUGAAUUUCCAGUAUAGCCAGGUUUUAAGUCUGUAUCGUGCCUUAAUCAGAAGGGGACAUCACCUGCGUCUGACCGACAAGAAUUUCUACCUGAAGAGGAUCAGGAAGGAAUUUGAAAAGAACAGAUAUCUUGUAGACGAGGCAGAAAUAAAAAAGUGCAUUCAGGCUGGAGAAGAACUCAUCAAAAGGGAUGCUAUUGUGUAAAUUUAGAGGAGGAAAUAUUAAGUAGGCCUAUUAAAAAGAAAGAGCUAUAAAGAGGAAAUAUCAACACAUGAAUGAAGAACAGACACUAAUCACCCAGCUAAAACGGCCACUGAAAGGAAUUGUCACAAGGAGGGAAGUAACUGAAAAAUUACUGAGUAGAAAGGGCUACUGAGUGUAUAUGUGGAUUGCUCUAUGGAUGUGGAUGAGCUUAUCGUCCCAGGGGAGAUCAGGGAGGAACAAGAAGGAUGUCCGGACGACACAUGUCACGUGGGACUAAUAUCGGCUAUACACGCCAAAGAUACCGACCGCGCCAUCGUUAUUCUGGAAUUAGGAUGCCAGCAAGUGACGUUGGACUCGGGUCUUUGCUGGGCCAGUCGUUAUGGCGAUGUUGAAAUGGUGUCGCUCCUGUUGCAGAACGGCGCCAAUCCGAACGCUGAGGUAUGGGGUGGGUUUACUCCUCUCAUUUGGGCAACAAUUUAUGCACCAACAGUUGAAACCGUUUUGAAUCUCAUUAUCGCUGGAGCCGACGUCAACCAUUCAAGCGCAAAACGUCGACAGACGGCUUUGCAUGCCGCAGUAGUACGCGAGAAAGUCGAGCUUGUGAGCGCUCUAGUGGAAGGUGGGGCAAACCUUGACUCACGUGACUACCUACACAAGACGCCACUUAUGCAUGCAGUGCAGCGCGGAGCCAUCUCGUGCGUGAAACUGCUUGUCUACUACAACUGUGACGUCACUCUGACCGGGUGGGUGGAUGGUGUCUGUGUAUCACCUUUGCUCCAAGCUUUAGCUAGUGGUGAUCUCGAGAUCACGCGUGUUCUCGUUCUCGCGGGAGCCCGGUUCGACAGGCCUGCUAUCUCUCAGACGCUUACAUACGGCGAGUUUUACGCAACACUGGAGCGAGAACUGAAGCUUGAGGUUCGUCCGGUGUAUCUACAACAACAUUGUCGGGUCCGGAUACGUCACCUUCUCAAACCCGGAUUUCUUCAAAAACUGAGACAGAUAGGCUUGCCUCCCCUUCUCCAUCGCUACCUCCUGAUCAAUGAGAUGGACGUUUGACCUUCACAGAUCAAGAUCUGUGUUCAACUUUAUAUUUUUGUUAUGCAUUUAUCAGUGUUCAAAAAAAAUAUCAGGGAAUCUUUUAAAAUAUGGAGUACCGUUAAUGAUCUGAUGAAUACUUUGGUAUUCACAGUUGUUUAAAGAUCUUCUGUACAGUUUAGGGUUGUCCAGAAAAAAAUAGCAUAGCCAGUAAUCAAUGUUACAUUAUACACAACUUAGUAUUAAAUAGUGUUUAAGAAAUA